UCUCUCUCUCUCUCUCUGUCUGUCUCUCUCUCUCUCUAUCUCUCUCUCUCUCUCUCUCCCCCUCUCUACCUCCCCCCUCACUCUCUUUGUCUCUACGUAUAAACCUGCAGAUAUUAAAUGCGUGGCGAUGAAUCCUGCUCUCUUUUUGGACCUCUCCUCAACAUCACAGUGAAAAGAGAGCUGUGGGAAAACUGAAGAAAAAAAAAUCUGCAAAACUGCAGCUGUUGGGGCUGAUCGGGCGUGAAGGACAAGUCGAGCCAUUACCAGAGCAUGGCAAGUCCCCUGGAGAAGGUGGUGGCCCAGAAGAAAGAGGCCAUCGAGGCUGUGAUGGAGAGUUUCGAGCGAGGGGCGGAGGUGUUGGCCAGUGCAGUAGGUGAGCUCUUCCCUCUCUGUGUGGCAGCCGCACCUGUCCUACGACUAGCCCUGGACAACGUGCAGAGCAAAGAGGUCUUCUAUGUCAAAGAGCAGUUCCUGGCCGUGAGGAACAAGCUGGACGUACUGUCCACCCAGCUAGAGGACAUUGAUUGUGAGAUUAAGAAGGGUCGGCUGGAUUCCCAGUACUUCUCGGUGGAGGAGAACAUCAGGAACCAGUUUCGGAAAUACAUGGACAUUCUGGAGGCCAAGCCACAGUUUCAGGAGGUCAAGAAGAGACUGUUUCUGGAGCACUUCUCCAAGACCGGAGGGGAGAAGAACCUGUAUGUGCUGUAUGAUGCUCUGAUGGGCACCAACAGCUUUGGGGAGUCCAUCUUGGAGGUGGUGGAGAGGUAUGAGGCGAGGAACAGACGCCUACUGGAGGACUUCUGUGUGAGGAUGAAGGAGCUCUUCUGCCUGGGCCUGAUUGCCCUGCUGGGCCACUGUGCCCUCACCAAGGGCCCCGAUGAGGAGCAGGAAACCAUCCAGGUCUGGAGCAGAGAAAUCGAGAGAGUGGAAUUAAAGAUGAAGGCAUGCAUUGAGGCCUGCGUAGCAGCCUUCCCUGAACAGGCCUGCCUUGACGCCCAGCGUCUUCUCCAGGAAAAAGAGGAACGGAAUCUUCAGGACACGGCUCAGGAAGUACAGGAAUUUCUCACCAGGAAGUACGACUGGGUGAGCUGGUCGGUCCGAGUGGUCAACCACUCUGGCAGCAGCUAUCGGAACUGGCGUGCCGGGGACCACUUCCAACACAUGGCCGGUCAGAACUGGUUUGAGGUGCUGCAGGUGAACGAUACCAACCUGGUGGUUUCCUACAGCACCAGUCCCCAACCAGUGCCCCGCGACUGCAUCCGGCAACUGAUGGAGGGGCCGGGGAAGAAGGGUGAUGCCCAGGCCGUGGUGGGGGUCCUAGAGAAGCAGCUGGCAGGGUUUGUGGUGCAUGCUGUCAGUCACCAUAAGGAGAGUGAGGCCACCUGGAGCUUCCCUGAGGACUGCCACUACUGGGAGAGGCACAAGAACGUGGCGCUGUGCAUACACUCGGAGUGAUGCUGAUAGAGGUGCAACAAGUCAGACAAAUAGGGACCAUUAUGUAAUCAACCUGAAGGGUUAUUCUAAAUUCUGAAUUGACCGACUCAAAGAGGAUGUGUGGGAAAUGGUGGUAAAUGGUGAUGAGGUUUUGUGAAUACGCCAUGCAGUUUGUCUUAGCCAUUACAUAAUACUAUGCACUGUGUAUAGCAAGUAGCUUUGGUGGCAAUUAGAUUCACUGUAUAGAAAUCUGAAUCUUUUGCUAAUUGGAGGCAGUGUUACAAUAGUCCAGUGUUUGCAGAGUACUUAAUGAACUGUAUAUGCAUUUUAUUAUAAGUGACAAACCCCUACCAUAACUUAUGACCACAUUUUACUCAAUACUCUCUCAUAGUUAAAUAGCUUAACUCAAUGCAUUACCCUACUGCCAAUAGGAAUAACCUUGCUGCCCACAAUUCCACAGAGAUGAUUUUGCUGAGAUUGCAACUGCUGAGCUGUGCUCUCAUUUUGUCUCUCUACGACACAGGCUGGCCUACAUUACAAUGAAAGAGAGCAUGGAAGCUAUUUUGCCAUCCGUGAAAACAACUUGGCAGUGUUCUCUACUGUGCCUUGUCUUCACAACACACUCAAACCCUUGCUUCUGAACCCAUAGCAGGCAUGCUGCAGUAGCAGAACUUUAAUGGUAUUACCCCCCGAGCUGUGCCUAUUUGUGAACAGAUUACUUAUGCCAGUUGUUACAGCAUGUAUGUGAAGUGAUGUUUAAUUGACUCAUCUUUCUAAUUCCUACUAAUUCAGUCAUAAUAAAAACAACAUCCGAAUUCUAAAUAUGUCAUUAUGCUUUGUGACAAUAAUCGGCAACACAUCAGCUGUUAUUAGAUGUAUACUGUGUAUGUGUGUCUUGCCUGUCUUGUGUAAACAUGUUGACGUCUAUUGCCAUUAAAGCAAGCUAGUGCACCCGCACUCACCGGGGCCCCUA